CUUGCGGCCAGAAAUCGACUAAGAACACAGCCUCGACCACCCCUCCUACAAAUACAAGAAACUGCCAACUCUCAUACUCCUCUUUCUCUGUCGGACUGAUACCAUUCCUACGCCCCUCGAAUCUACCUCUCUCUGAACUCGCGAAGCAAUCCUACGACGACACCAGCACCAGGGCUGCCUGUUGCUUACAUCGGACGCUCCAGCCAUGGCGGCGUCAGUGUGUGCACGCCCGACUAUAACGUCAAGCUCAGAUGACUUGGCGGCUGCAAAUCUCGAAUAUAUCCAAUAUGAACACAGCCUAGAAAAUACAUAUCUCCCAGCUAUCCGCUCCCUUAUCGCGAAAGAUCUUAGUGAGCCUUACAGCAUCUACGUCUACCGCUACUUCUUAUACCAAUGGGCUCAUCUUUGUUUCAUGGCUUUGAAUCCGAAAGAUUCGUCCCUAAUUGGCGUUGUUAUUUGCAAACUCGAAGUCCAUUCCUGCCGAUCGACACCAACACGGCGUGGCUACAUAGCAAUGCUCGCAGUGGCAGAAGAAUUCCGUGGACAAGGGAUUGCUACGGCUCUUGUUAAGAAAGCGAUGGAUGCUAUGAUUGAACGCAAUGCCGACGAAAUAGUACUAGAGACGGAAGAGACCAACAAGACUGCCAUGCGGCUAUACGAACGACUUGGCUUCUUCCGAUCCAAAAAGCUACAUCGCUACUAUCUCAACGGAAGCAGUGCCUAUCGGCUUGUGCUUCCUCUGAAACCUGUGGAUACGGAUACCAGUCUUUCCCUGUCCGAGGAUGAUGUCCUAUGAGCGUAUGUCUAUCCUCAUAGCUUCUUCUCCUGCAUUGCUCAUGGCGAAUGGUUUAGCAUCAGUGUGAUUAUUUAGGACGCAUUAUUUACUGGUUUGUAUUUUGUAUUUUACUGGCGAGCAUUUUGAAGCGCUUUUACAGUAUAUUAUUCUUACUUCCCAUGUCAAUGUACGAUUGAAGUUCCAAAAGAAGUUGGUACAUGAGUGUGUUUCACAACUUGGUAUCUGUAGGUUGUUUGAUAGACAUUACCUCACCAAGGAGUACUACUAUCGCUUGGCACAAACGCCGGCUCUCGGUCCCAUACAAUCCGGGUGUACCUACGUCUUUAGGAUACUCCUGA